GACUGCGGUUUGGAGAUGAUGAAGAUGGGGCUGAUGAUGCUGAAUGGUAGCGCAUCCUCACUGUGUUUACUUGUGUGCGCGGUAGUUUUAUUCCCGGCGUGCUCGCACUCGCACCCGCAGCCGUGCCAGGUUCUCAAGCGCAUCGGCCAUACGGUUCGGGUGGGAGUUCUGCACGUGCAUCCUCGUUUACUCCCCGACACCAGUAACGUGGGGGCUGCGCCCGAGAGCAGAUAUGGGCGAGCGCAGGCGGACAAGCGGCCCCCAAAAAGUCCCGGCGCGGAGUUCGCAAGCCUCCGGAAUCGAGCUUCUGCGCCCAGCCAGCGGGGUGGAAGUAGGGGGAAAAUUCACGCACGGCAGCGGGAAGAGAACACGUCGUGGGAUAGUCGCACGUUCGCCCCCAGAGAGUCUGUCCUCCUCGCCGUGGAGGCUGUGAACCGAGCCGGGAUUCUUCCCUUCAAUUUGUCGCUGGAGCUCGUCAUGGCGGUUGGCUCGGGACUCGGCGAGCUGCCCGCCUUCUCCUUCAAGUCCCCGGGUAGCCCCGAGGACGAGGACCCGCUGUCCUUUGUGGAGAGCGUGUGCCACACGGUGGUCGUGCAAGGGGUCUCCGCCGUGGUGUCGUUCCCACGAAACCGUGACGAGUUUGUCAAGUUGGAAUUUAUAUCUCAAGCUCUACGGGUGCCGGUGCUCAGCAUUCUUCCCAGAGAGUUUAAGCGCCAAAGUGAGAAUCCUCUUCAUUUCCAAAUGGCCAUGCGGACAGCGGAGGCCCCAGCGGCCCAUCUCCUCUACUCCCUUUUGAUGAUCAAUGGCUGGUGGGACAUAAGCGUGUUGCUCUGCCAGGAAUGGGACAUAAGUGAAUUUAUUUUGCUCAUCAAAAAUAACAGCCGUUUCCACUUGGGCACGCUUGUCAACCUGACAGGUUCAACCUCCGCACUGCUUUCAUCUUCUUUACCAAACUCAGGAGGUGCACUAAGUGUUUCGACGGGAGCAGGGCGGUCAUCAUCAUCAUUUUCCCACCAUUUGCCUUCAUCGGCUUCGGCUUCCUCCGCCAAAAUGGACCAGCAGCAAGCUCUCUUGCAACAGUUGGAGGCCCUCAGAGAGCCUUCAUCCACGGUUGGAGUGGUGACGUUCGGGUGUGAGAUACGUGAGGUGCGUCGCCUGUGGGCGAUGGUUACGAGGAUGACGCUUCCGGAAUUCCAUUGGAUCUUGGGGGAUGGCCAGAACGUGGCUGAAUUGCGAACCGAGGGAUUACCUCUUGGACUCUUGGCGCACGGGGUUAUGGCGGCCCCCUCUCUGGAUCAAUAUGUCCAAGACGGAUUGGAGCUGGUGACACGGGCGAUUGGAAGUGCAGCCCAAGAGAAUCCAGCAAUGGCGCUCAUUCCUGGAACUACAAAUUGUAUGGAUGUACAGCAGAGCAAUGGAAGCUCAGGGGAAUAUUUGACAAGAUUUCUUUCCAACAUAGCCUUUGAGGGCCAGAGCGGCUUUAUAUCCAGAGAGCGUCAGAGCCAAAACGUCAUUUCAGAGGCCCAUCACUACAUCUGGUCCCUCCAGCUGGACCCUCUGGGCCAGCCAACCUGGACAAGACUAGGACGAUGGCGCAGAGGGAAAGUUCUGAUGGAUCAGGGGGCCUGGACGAGCCGCCAGGCCUCUGGAGGCGGAGGUGACUGGCGCAGACCCACAAGGCUGCAUUUACGGGUGGUGACACUGGUGGAGCAUCCGUUUGUAUUCACCCGGGACGUGGACGGAGAUGGGCUGUGUCCUGCUGGCCAGUUGUGCCUCGACCCGCUCACCAACGAUUCGUCAGUUUUACAGAGUUUUUUCCAAAAUCUUGCAGGACCAAAUGGAUCCGUCCCCUCUGACUCUAAAAAAUGCUGCUACGGUUACUGCAUUGACUUGCUGGAGAAACUCGCAGAGGAUAUGGGAUUCACCUUCGACCUCUACAUUGUUGGAGAUGGGAAGUACGGCGGCUUUAAGAACGGUCGCUGGACGGGAUUGGUGGGUGACCUCCUUAGUGGUGCUGCUCAUCUAGCUGUGACGUCUUUUAGCAUUAAUUCAGCAAGAAGCCAAGUCAUUGACUUCACCUCGCCCUUCUUCUCCACCAGCCUGGGAAUUCUAGUUCGUACCCGCGACACCGCAGCACCUAUCGGGGCCUUCAUGUGGCCACUGCACUGGUCCAUGUGGCUUGGCAUCUUCGUCUCUCUCCACGUCACAGCAAUCUUCCUCACCCUGUACGAGUGGCACAGUCCGUUUGGUAUGACGCCACGCGGACGCAACAGAGACCGGGUCUUCUCCUUCUCCUCAGCUUUGAACGUGUGCUACGCAAUCCUUUUCGGGAGAACCGUUGCCAUCAAGCCCCCGAAGUGCUGGACAGGCCGUCUGCUGAUGAACCUUUGGGCCAUUUUUUGUCUCUUCUGCCUGUCCACCUACACAGCUAACCUGGCGGCAGUCAUGGUUGGUGAGAAGACCUAUGAGCAGCUGUCAGGGAUCCAUGACCCGAAGUUGCACCAUCCCUCCCAGGGAUUCCGGUUUGCUACAGUGAGAGAAAGCAGCGCUGAGGACUACGUCAAAAAGAGUUUUCCCGAGAUGCACGAGUACAUGCGACGAUACAAUGUUCCAGCAACACCGGAUGGCAUACACAAUCUCAAGGCCGAUCCCCAGAAACUUGAUGCGUUCAUCAUGGACAAAGCUCUGCUGGACUAUGAAGUCUCAAUUGAUGCAGACUGCAAGACACUGACUGUUGGCAAACCAUUUGCCAUAGAAGGAUAUGGGAUUGGGCUCCCUCAGAACUCUCCCCUCACCUCCAACUUCUCUGAGCUUGUUAGUCAGUACAAGUCCGAUGGCUUCAUGGACAUGCUGCAUGACAAAUGGUACAAGGUGGUGCCAUGUGGGAAGCGCAGCUUUGCUGUUACUGAGACCUUACAGAUGGGUAUAAAGCAUUUCUCCGGGCUCUUUGUGAUGCUGUGUGUGGGUGUGGCCUUAUCUCUGCUGACCACCAUUGCGGAACACAUUGUGUACAAGCUGGUGAUCCCGAGGGUCAAAGAGCCACGCUUCAAAUAUUGGCUGCACACAAGCCAGAGAUUACACCGAGCCCUGAACUCUGUAUUUGCUGAUGACAAGCUGCAGACUGUCACCAAGCCUGAGAAGAGGUGCAAUGAAGGAAACAACCAGUCGGCAUCCUGGAAUCCCACGGAGUCCUCUCUGUGUACCAGACGUAGGGUUCUCCCAAACGAGGCGCACAAUGACUUGGAUUGCCCGUCCCGGGAUCUUCCGCUACCACCACCAGUUUCUGCUCUUCCUCUUCACCAUUCUCUCCCUCUACUGGAUAAACACCUGCCUAUUUUGUCCACCCCAAACGGUCGCACUAACCUUUUAGCCCGCUUGUAUCCCCAAGGACUGGGGCAAGGGCAGGGGAGCGCCACACCGAUCAUGGCCUCAGGACAGUGUGUGGGUUUAGGUGUGGGGGACUGUGGCCCUGGGCUCGGUGUAAAUCAGAGUCCACUGGCCCAGGAGCUGUCAGAACUGGAGAGUCAAAUCGCUGUGAUCAAGCAACAGCUGCAAUCAGCCAUGAGGAGAAAGAGAGAGCUUGAAAAGUACCAGUCAGAAAACCCACUACCAAAUCAGACUACACCCAGUCAAGCUACUGUGCACCAGUCUAACCAGUUUUCACAGGAUGCACGAUCCCACCAACAGACUAACCAACACCCAAACUCCAAAAUGUUUUAGAACUUUGAGAGUUCUAGAACUCUCAGAGUUCUAAAACAUUUCCCCAGUUUGUCCAGGGAAAACCUCCUCAAUGUGGUGUUCCUGGAAGAGGAUACACCCCUGAUGGAUGCAACUCAUUCAUUGAUGAAUGAUGUUUUAAGGGUCAGGAGAAGCUGGACUGAAAUGUUUUGUUUUUGGUCAUAUCCUGUGACCGUUCCCAAAAGAAUCAGUCAAUCAUUUCUUGGUAUGUGACAUGCAUUUGGCAGGAAGUAGUGGACAAUGCACUAAGCACCAAGUCAGUCCUUCCUUGCUUGUUACUGUUUGUGGUGAGCUGUGAAAAGCAUUCCCUCACUACCUCUUCACCACCUCCCAUCGCUCAUUGACUUCAUUUUCUUUCAUCGCUUCUUGACUGCUUCUCUCUCUUACACCUUCCCCACUAAGCCUUGCCUCUUCAAGGGAAAAGAUUUGCUUUACAGUGAUGAUAAGCCUGAUCCCAGAUAUGAAGACCCAUAGGUAUUUAAGCCUGCUGGGCCAAAUCACCCGAGUCUUAUGUCACGGCUCACUGAAAGUGUUGAUGACCUGAGCUUGAACCCAGCCGUUAAGUCUUGGCAUCCCCUACACCUUAAUGAAACCUUGAGUUUUUGGGAUCAAAUGAUAUUGAUCAUGUUUGCCAAUGAUUUAUGAGCUUGAUAUAUCUGUUAGUUUGACCUGGGUCUUUUAUUUUGUGGUCAUCAUGUUGUACUGUAAGUGUAUCUGUUAACAUGAAUGCAGUUUAAAAAGACCUCAGCAUUUGUGAAGAACUUAUUUGUUUCUUAAGUAAAGCCCCCCCCCAAAAAAAAAAAAAAGAUUUACCCCAGCAGAGCUUGCAUCAGGUUCUAAGAUACUUCUCCAGUCUAAUGAUUUAGUAUAAGGGUUCAGGAUCACAGCAAAUAGAUUUUUUAAAAUCUUUCUCAUACUAAAAAAAAGAAUAACGGGACAGCAAGCAUUUUGCCCAUUGUUAAUUGAAUAUUACAUGACCCAAAGAUCAUCAUUCAACUGCUCAAAAUUCUUUUUAUAAAUCUUGAAGAUUCACAAUUCAUUCAGUCCCUCUGUGAUUAAAAACAUUUUUCUUACGUUUCCUGUUCAAAUUUUGGCUUCUGUCAUUAAAGACUGACCUCUCUCGUUUGCACUUACAAUGAUUUCCGAAAUGAUUUCCACAAUCUUCACCUUGAACGGACCAAGUUUUGCACUGUAGACAUUUACUGUAGUGGGACUGGCUUCAAGCAGUUGGAGUUUGCCAGUUCUUGUAAUUUUUGUGAGGAUUGCUUUAUUUCUCUGAGGUGCCAAUAAAAUUCACCUAUAGCAAC